AUGUGGAAGCGCCUGGCAGAAGCCGCAUCUGCGGCAUCGCGACGAGCGGUGGCAUGGCGGGUGGAGGAGCUGCAGCCGCCCAGCGAGCGCGUGCUGUUCCACUUCGCGAGGGCGGGCGCGCGGGGCGAGCAGGGCGCGCGGGGAGAAGAGGGCGCUCAGGGCGGCGCGCAGGGCGCGAUGGACGCGUGGCGCGUGUAUUCCGACGCCAUAUAUGGCGGUGAGACGGUGUGCGCCUGGGUGCUGCGAGGUUCUGUGAGACCCCCCAAGUCCCCUCUGUCCUUCUCUCCCCCACCCCUCAACUUCCCAACCUGCCGCCCCUCAGGUUCGUCAACCGCCACCCUCGCCCAUGCCACGUCCCGGCAGCGCCGAGCCUGCAGGGUCGGGCACGGAGCUUUUCGGGGCAUGGGCGGGAAUCAGAGGCGUGGAGACAUGUUGGGCCAGAGAUGGAAUGGAUGGCAGCGCAGGGAUGGUGCACUCCACCCCACCCACCCACCCAGCAUGGCUGGGAAGCACGAGCUAUGCGCCGGCAGCAGCACCAUCACUUUGAAACUCCCUUCUCCUUUGGUGAGUUCCUUUCCCCGUCUCCCGCCUUCUUCCCUCUCUCCUCUCCCUCUCUUCUCCCUCUCACUCUCCCUCUCUUCUCCCUCUCUUCUCCCUCUCCUCUCCCUCUCUUCUCCCUCUCUUCUCCCUCACUCCCUUCUCACCUCGCUGCCUUGCCCCAACUUUCUCCUUCCGCACGCGCCUUUUCCUCCCUCCCUCUGGCAGCAGCAAUAUCGGCAUGCUUACACAAAACCCUCUUUUCUCGGGAUUUCAAGGCUGUCAGGGUUCCAAUGUGCUCAUCUGCCCCCCGUGUUCGCAGGCAGCUUGUCCCGACGCGUGCAGGGGGAGGAGCAGGGCGAGGGUGUGGAAGGGCGGGGAGGGCGGCUGCUCAAGGGUGGCUUCGCUGGCAUUCGAACGAUCGAGGUGAGUGUCACAUGUGGAUGGUACGUAAAGGGGACAGAGGGUGUGGGCCUGUGGGGAGGGCAGGGAGGGCGGCUGUGGUGGGCCAUUCGGUUCAGACGAACCAUUGAGCCGCGUUUUGAAGGGGAAUCCGAAUUAAGGUAG